AUGGUUCACCAGCUCAACGUUAACCCGCAGGCCCGUCCUGUGAGGCAAAAACGUAGGCACUUCGGCUCUGAAAGCAGCAAGGUCGUAUCUGACGAGGUGGACAAACUCUUGCCCGCCAAGAUGAUCCAUGAGGUACAGUACCCCACCUGGCUGUCCAACCCUGUCAUGGUCAAAAAGGACACCGGUGGAUGGAGGAUGUGCGUCGACUUCACCGACCUUAACAAGGCCUGUCCCAAAGAUUGCUACCCUUUGCCGAGGAUAGACGCCCUCGUCGACUCGGCAAUGGGACAUGAGAUCCUCUGCUUCCUAGAUGCCUUCAAAGGCUACCACCAAAUAGGAAUGAGUGAGGAGGACCAAGAGAAGACUGCGUUCUAUACCGACCAAGGUGUCUACUGCUAUACCACCAUGCCGUUCGGGUUAAAAAACGCCGGGGCGACCUAUCAAAGGUUGAUCAACCGCCUCUGCAAAGAUCAGAUCGGCCGGAAUGUGGAGGCCUAUGUGGACGAUAUCCUUGUCAAAAACUUGACCACUUCGGCCUUCUUAUCAGAUGUAAGGGAGGUCUUCGACGUUCUGCGGGAUUCAAGGAUGAAGUUAAAUCCCAAGAAGUGCGUAUUUGGUGUCACUUCAGGAAAAUUCUUGGGGUAUCUGGUUUCCCACCGGGGAAUCGAAUCUAACCCCGACAAAGUCAAGGCCAUCCAGGACAUGUCCCCACCUCGGAACCUCCGAGAAGUCCAGCGACUGAACGGACGCCUGGCCGCGCUGAACCGUUUCCUAUCCCAAUCUGCCGAGAAAGCUUUGCUCUUUUUCAAGGUGCUUAAGAAGGCCGAUCAAUUUGCCUGGACCGAGGAGUGCCAGGCUGCCUUCGACAAGCUGAAGCAGUACCUGCAUCACCUACCCACCCUCGCUUCACCUCGGUCCGAGGAGAAGCUGUACCUCUACCUCUCUGCAGCGGACGAGGCUGUCAGCGCUGUGCUCAUCCGGGAUGAGGGCACUCAAGUGCCAGUUUAUUAUGUCAGCCGAGCUCUCCGUGGGCCGGAGACUCGAUACACUCAAGUGGAAAAACUUGUGCUAGGACUAGUCCACGCCGCCCGGCGGCUGAAACCCUAUUUCUUAGCUCAUCCCAUCUCCGUCAGGACCGACCAGCCUCUCCGACAGAUACUGGUGCGGUCCGAGGCCUCCGGCCGCCUCACUAAGUGGGCCGUUGAGUUGGGGGAGUACGACCUGUUGUAUGAGUCUCGCACCGCCAUAAAAGCUCAAGCUUUAGCCGAUUUCUUGGCCGAGCUCACCUUCACGGAAGGUCGGGAGUCCACCUCCGCCCUAGCCGAAGUGUCCACCCCACACCUGUGGAUGUUGUAUGUGGACGGAUCCUCUAAUGGGGAUGGGAGUGGAGCAGGACUGCUCCUGGAGGGCCCCCAAGGAGAAGUGUGCUCGUAUGCUCUCCGCUUUGACUUCCCGGCUACAAACAAUGAAGCCGAAUAUGAGGCCUUAAUCGCGGGACUCCAGCUAGCCCGCCGGCUCGGUGCACAGCGGAUCCACGUCCGCAGCGACUCCCAACUCGUAGUAUGCCAAGUCCUUGGUGAGUAUGAGGCCAAGGAUGAAACCAUGCAACGGUAUCUAUCCAAAGUCCACCAACUCAUCGCGUACUUCGAGUCUUUCGAAAUCCAAAGAAUCCCCCGCUCCCAGAAUAGGCGGGCCGACGCCCUAUCCCGGCUGGCUUCCACCUCAUUUUCUGACCUCAACAAGACCGUUUUAGUGGAAGUGCUGAGCGAGUCGGGAUACCUGGAAGAGGUGGUUUGCCCUGUAAAUACGGGAGAAACGUGGAUGAGCCCGUUCAUCCUUUUCUUAGGACAGGGAGUCCUCCCCGAGGACCGAGCCGAGGCGAGAAAGAUACAACGCAAAUCUGCUCGGUACGCACUCCGCGAUGGAGAACUGUAUAAACGCUCGUACCUUGGCCCAUGGCUGAGGUGCGUUACACCAGAGGCAGGACGACAGGUCCUCCACGAGAUACACGAAAGCCUAUGCGGGGAUCACGUCGGCCACAGGAUGUUAGCCAGGAAGACCUUAGUUCUUCGGUAUUUUUGGCCCUCCGUUCGACGGGAUACCCAAAAUCUUGUUCUCAACUGCCCAUCCUGCCAAGUCCACGCCCCUGAGAUUCACCAACCCUCGAACUUCAUGGUUCCAAUCAUUUCACCCUGGCCGUUUGAGCAAUGGGGGACAGACAUCAUCGGUCCUUUCCCUAAAGCGGUCGGGGGCUAUACCUUUCUGGUGACCGCUGUGGACUACUGCACUAAGUGGGUCGAGGCUGAGCCUCUGCGGACAAUCUCAGGGCUGGCCAUUCAAAAAUUCUUUUGGAAAUGCAUUAUCUGCUGCUUCGGCAUACCUCAGAUCAUUAUCUCGGACAAUGGAAGGCAGUUUGCCGAGAACCCAUUUAAGGCUUGGUGCCAGAACCUCGGCAUCAAACAACAUUUCACAUCGGUAGGCCACCCUCAGGCCAAUGGUCAGGCAGAAAAUUUCAACCGAACUCUCUUGCAUGGUCUCAAGACCCGACUACACCGAGUUGGAUCAUCUUGGGUGGAGGAACUCCCCAGUGUUCUGUGGUCAUAUCGGACCACGCCGAGGUCAUCCACACAAGAGACCCCCUUCUCCUUGACCUAUGGAGCCGAGGCUGUCAUCCCUGCUGAGCUCCUCACACCCAAUCCUCGACUAACAGCCUAUGUAGCCGAGAUGAACGGGGAAGAGAGGCAGUUAGAUCUCGACCUCAUCGACGAGAAAAGAGACCUCGCCUCAGCUCGGAUAGUGUCCUACAAGAACACCCUGGCCCACUACUACAAUGCCCGCGUCAAGCAUCGGCGAUUCCUGCCAGGAGACUUGGUGCUUAGAAAAAACUCGGUCAGCCGAGUUGAACCGCAAGGGAAAUUGGGCCCGAAAUGGGAAGGCUCUUACCGAGUUGUGGAAUCUAGUCUAAAUGGGUAUUGCAAAUUGAGCUACCGAGAUGGCUCUCUAGUGCCGAGGACUUGGCACGCCGAGAACUUCAGGCUGUAUUAUGCUUGA